AACUAAUAGGGAUAUUAGAGUUAUGACAAAAAAUAAGAAAUUUGCAGAUCCCUAUAAUUCCCAACUAGAUUGGAUGUUUGUAACGAUUCUCCCCCAAGGGUGUCCACUGUAUAUGCACUGAGUGCGCUGUGUAUCUACUGGUUCUGGGCUUUUCGGUUCGUGUUCUGGGCCUGGGCACCGAAAUGUAUAUAAUUAGCGCAUUUAUUGACUAACUGACGCUUGCAACACAAAAUGCUUGUAGUGAUAGAAGGGAAAUACAAUAAUUACUUGGCUUACUGGCCCUGCUAAGUGUAUGGAUAUUUGCUGUCAUAUGUCUGACGUAGGUGGGACCUGCUAAUACCUAUGUACAUACAUACAUAUGUACUUUGUGCAUGUGAUUUCGAUUUCGAUUGACAAAUGUGUGUCUGCUGCAAUUUUCCACCGGCUAAGCCAGCACCCCAAAUCUGCAUCCCCACACAGGUUGUGGUUGCGUCUCUUUCUUGCCUGCUACAGUCAUCUCUUUUGCUCACCCAUAGGUCUCUCUUCUAGUAGCACAAACAUGCUGGCAUUUCGAUUUUAAUUUCUUAAUUGAAUUUGUUUGGGGCCGCUGGUGUAUGUGUUGGUUUUGCGAGAGACCGAGAGAACACUGCCCGCCAUGUUUGUUUAAUUGUUUAAUUUAAUUAAAUGCGCUAAGUGCAACUCUUGCAUACCUAGGCACUUUGUAACGGUCGCAUCCGCAGAUGUAUCGCUGGCAGCUCUUGUUGGUUCCAUAUUUUCAGUUGACACGCCAAUUAGUGCAUUUAUAAUUCAUGACGUGGGUUAAUUGCUACACUUAAACCCAACAAAACGGCCAACGAUUGGGGCUGUAAUUCUCCUAAGGCGAAUCCAAACCUUAUCUCGAACAACAGAUAGCAGAUAAUGUUCGUUAUGAUAAAGCCCGAAGAAGAGAGCGAUUGUGAAUCAGUUUUGGCCGCAUCUUUGCAAUGGUAACCACACAGCGGACCAAGGAGAUUUGCGAAAUUAUUCGGCUGAAAUCAACCCAGGUGUUCCUGGUGGCUGGAACAUGUUUGAUAACGGUAAUGGUCACAUUGCUCUGCAUUGGCUUUAUGACCAGGUACGAAGUGGAGAACGAUGUGGCCAACGUGGCGGAUGUGGAUUAUUGGAAGGAUAGGGUGGCGCCCUCGCAGAAAAUCUGGUAUGAUAAGGGCAUUGAUGAGCUGAACGAGGCAUUAAGGCCACAAGAUUUGACUUAUCCUAAAAACGUGAGGAUAUUUGUGAUACAGGGAAUCGAUGGACGAGACUUGGCUGCUUUUCGAUUUCCAACUAGAGAUAUUAGCCGUGGCAAUAGCAACUUUAUUUGGGAUCAGUUCCCCCACUUGGCUCGCUUGAAGAACAGCUGCAGUCAGCAGUUUCCCUGUCAAGUGGCCAGUGUUUCCCGAGCUCUUUGGUUGGGAAUUCCUUUGGAUAAAGUCCCAGAAAGUCAGCAGGAUUGCGGAAGGUUAUUUAAUGCAACGCAAGCACCGAUAAGCAUUCUGCGACAGGCACAAUUGGCUGGCCUGCGAACUGGUUUUGUGACCACUCAAAGGAUUACCGGACCCACUGGAGCUGCUUUGGGAAACACCAAUGGCCACUAUGAAUGCGAUGAAAGGAUGCCGCGGAGCUCCAUAAAAUCCGGUUGCCAGGAUAUAGCCCAACAGUUGAUCUCUGGCGAAACUGCUAAAUCUCUAAAUGUACUCAUCGGCGGAGGCAGGCAGAUGCUGAGCAGUCUGGUGCCCAACACCAAAUAUGAUCCUGUGGAUGAGCUGCUCUGCGAGUCCAAUGAUGGACGCAACCUGCUAAAGGAUUGGAGAACCCAAAAACUUAGGGAGAGCAAAAUCAAUCCAAUAAUAUUCGAUUUGAUUCAGCGAAGGGAUGAGCUGGAGUCCCUAAAUUCUAGUAGUUUUGAUUAUUUAAUGGGUGUGAUGGCCAAUGGAGAUUUGAGUGGUAAUUCGAAGGCCCCAAGUCUGAAAUUGAUGGUGGAGAAGUCUUUGAAUGUGCUUACUAAAUAUAAACAAGGAUAUCUACUCAUAGUCGAGCAAUUUAUACCAUCGGGUAGUGACAAAGGAGAGCAGUUGCAGCUAUUGAACGAUACUUUGGUUAAUCUUCACAAGGAUCCGGAUACUUUAACCCUGGUUUUAAUGACCAAUGCCUUAUAUCCAAAACCAAGCCUGGAUGUCAGCGAAGAAACCGAGACAAUCAGCCUGCUUCCGGAGAUAUUUAAUGAGGCGGAAUCUGAGAUACAAAAACGACUACAACAAAUGCCAUCUGAAAGCUUACUUUUUGCACAGGGCCCCAAGUCCUCAAUUUUUCAAGGUGUUCGAAAGGAAACCUUCCUGGCACAUGCAGUAUCCCAUGUCCUUAGCAGAAGUAGGGCUCGACCUUAGAAUACUAUACACAUGUACAUAUAUGUAAUAAAAAUGUUUAGGCAAAAUUUAAUGUAUUUAUAUAAAAUUGCAAUAGCUGUCACCCCGAAUAAAAGA